AUGGACAAGAGUAAAACGAUGGAGAUCCUCCGGAGCAUGAAGUUUAUGCAACGCAAAGAGGAGGCGAAACGCCGCGAACUGUUUGAAGCAGACCAAAAGAGGCGAAUGGAGGAGCGCUUGCGCAAGCCUUCAGCGGCGGGAAGUGGUACCAGUGGCGCUGGGGAUGGCUCUUUUGUUACACCCGCAAUAAAUGGUCCAUCCGCCGACACGGGCCGAAAAACAGCGACGAUUUUCUACGAUGUCAACUUUCCCCGUGAACUCUACUCUCACUCACGCCUCUCCUUCGCUGCGAAGGCGUUGGCAACAGCUUCAUCUUCUUCAGUUGCUGGAGCAGGAGCGGAAGAGGCAAGGGAAUUCCAGCAGCGUGAAAAAGAGGAGGAAGAUUGUGGGUCGCGACACGGUGGAGGUGCUGAACAUUCCUCUGAUGACGGGGAGUAUUGGGAAGAUAUUAAUGAGAAGGAUGCUACAGCUGUUGAGUUUGGAAACAAAAAGAAGCGUUUCUGCGUGAAAUCGAAUGCCCCGAAGUUACCCAAAGAUCUUGAACGAAAGGUGUCUGGGGUUAAGCGAAAGCGACGCGGAGGCCGGGGCGAGUGA